AGCAUCCUGAGAAAUACAUCUGGGUUUGUCGUAAACUAGCUGAAGUUUCUAAACAUUAACAGAGUCAUAUGACACACUGUUAUAUUAUAACCCAAAGGAAGUUUAACCUGUUUUCAGGAUUGAGCUUGUUUUUUUUUUUUUGUUUUUUAUUUUUUUUUAUUUGCUGCUUUGAUAAUUUCUGCCAUGUGUGCAUUAUUUAGAGUGAUAUGUUUGUUAUCAUGGGAUAUUUAUGAGUACAAUCUUUCUUUCUUCCUGUAGCUGAUAAAAAAAAAGGGCUGCAAUGGAGCCAUUUGGCCUGAGAAGGACUCAGUCUCUGAAGAGUCUUUCUGGGGCUCAGGAAAGGUCAUGGAUUAUGCCAGCUUUCACAAGCUGGAACAGAAAGUCUGUCUCUCAGCUGGUGCAGCAUUACCAAAGCUUUGCUGACCUGACGAGUUCUGAGAAAACAAAGAAAAAACUUGAGGCCUCAGAAAGCUGUGUGGAUGGUUCCCCGAGGAGGCUGGAUAGCAGGGAGAGCGUGACCCUCUGGGGAUCAGGAAGAGGCUCCAAUCUAUCCAGGAGCCGCUCCAUGGAGGUUCUCCCUCAGAAGGAGACUGCUAACACCAGAUCUCUGUGUGCCCUGUUUGAAUCAAAGGCCAACCUGCAGCAGAGCUUUAACAGCAGCCCUCAGCUGAACUCCAUGUCUGCAGGUGGUAGUAAAACAAGGAGAGACUACCAUCUACAGGACUGGAGAGGUCAUAGCAUGCCCCUGAAGGACUCACCAAAGCAGAGAACAAACCAGGGAGCUGGAGGAAAGGUCACGAAUGGCUUCCCGGGAAGUUACGACAGAGAAUCCAGACACACACAUGACGAUAAAUAUAGUCCAUCACUGAACAAGGGGGGCACCCUGACAACCAGACCCAGGAUAUCUACUUCCUGCUCAGUGAAAGAUAGAUCAGCUCUCUAUCUGUCAAGAGCGGCAACGAUCAACUCCACUGGAGGCUCACAACAGCCAGAAUUCAUUGGUACUCCAGGAACAAGAACUAAAAUCCCUAAGAUGGCUGACACAGCCAGCAAAAUCACAGUUUCACGGCCACCCCAUGAUGAGGAUGACCUGCCUCUCCCCCCACCCCCCCCUGUUCCACCAAGACCCCUUGACUACGAAGGCCCUAUGACAUGUAGCAGCCUACCUGUGCCUCCACCAAAAGAGACCUUCUCGCUGUUUUACCAGCAGCAGCAGAAGAGUGAGCUAAAGAGGCUCUUUAGACACAUCCACCCUGACCUGCGCGCAACUCUCGAUGAUGCUGUGGAUGAAGAGAUAAUAAAAGCAGUGCAGUCAGAGAGUGGUCAGGCAGAUGCAGCUUAUCAGGGUGAAGUACAGUCCAUGAAGUGGAUCUUUGAGAACUGGACUCUGGACAACAUUGGGGAGCCCCAUGAAACCAAAAAGCUGCUGGAUAAUGAUGAUUUAAAGGGUGGAGAUGUCAGAAGCACCUCCUCAAUGUUUGAGCAUAUUGACAGCACCCAACACUUGCCUGCUAUGAGACAAACGUCUGUCAGGGGGGAUGUGAGAACAUCAACAUGGUUGUUUGAGACACAACCACUAGAUUCACUCAAUAAAUCCAAAGGAGAAGAUGGUGAACUUGUUGAAGCGGUUCUGAAGGAACCCGUCCAGUCUGGAGAUGUAAAAGGGACUCGGCUGCUUUUUGAGUCCAAACCACUGAGUGACUUGGGACGCUGCAUUUCCACUGAAAACCACAGCUUCCUGAAACUGAAAUCUGAGCUUCAGGAGCAAAAAGGAAAUGUCCAGAAGACUGUAAAACUGUUCCAGACAGAACCUUGCUGUGCCAUCAAAGACAAGAGCGGCAACAUCCAUGAGAUUAAAUCUGUCUGCAGAGAGGAAAUCAACAGUUGCCAAAUCAACACUGCCCGAUGGCUUUUUGAAACCCAGCCUUUGGAUCUGAUUAAUAAGGGAGGUUAUGGAGUGAAAAUUAUUCGAGGAAUAUCCCUAGAGGAGGGGCACGGAGGGGCUGUUGACCGAAAGAGGUGGAUGUUUGAAACUCAGCCAUUAGACAUGAUACAAGAAGUUGUGGGGGACCAGUUUGAAGAGCAGGUGGCUGACUACACUGGAGAGGCUGAUGUAGUCAACAAAAGGAAGCUCUUUGAGAUGCAACCAUUGGCAGCUCUGAAAGGAGGCGCUGCAGAAAGGUCUCUGGAGAAAGAAGCAAUAAUAGGAGGAGAUGUCAAAACUUCUCUGUGGCUGUUUGAAACUCAGCCCAUGGAGUCUCUUAAUGAUAGCUAUGAAAUUGGGCACCUGAAGAAAAUUACCCUUUCAGCUGAAGAACAAGGAGCAGUAAAAGGCAAAAAACAAAUAUUUGAGAGCUGCAAUGAUGAAAAGAACACCUCAAUUAAAGAACAAGAGAUCGAAAGAGGGGAUGUGAAGGGAUUCAAACUACUUUUUGAAACUAUUCCUUUGAGUGAAAUUGCUCAUUCUGAGAAGGAGAUUGCUGAGAAGAAAGAUAUAAUUGAAUGUGGAGAUGUAAAAGGUAACAAGGCAAUGUUUGAGACAACUCCUCUAUAUGCAAUAAAAGACAGCUCUGGAAGUCUCCACGAGGUCACCACAGUCAGCCGAGAGGAAGUCAUCAAAGGGAAGGUCAAAAACUAUAAGUGGAUGUUUGAGACCAAGCCUUUAGAUCAGCUGGCAGAGAGAAAAGGAAGUGUUGAGAUAAUCAAAGGAAUCACCAGACAGGAGGACACCUCAGGUGAUGUCAAGAUGGCAAAGUGGCUUUUUGAAACGCAGACAAUAGACGGGAUUCAUUGCAAGUUCAAUCAAACAGAGCAAACUUUGUCUCUGGAGGAAGUUCCUCCGAAAGGUGAUGUCAAGACUUGUAAAUGGUUGUUUGAGACACAACCGAUGGAUAUUUUGUAUAACAAGUCGGAAAAACUGCAAGAGAAAGACUUCAUUGACAACACCAAUGUCAAAUCCAUUACUUGGUUUUUUGAGUCACAGCCUCUCAGCAGCAUCAAAGAGAGUGAGCCAUACAAUUUGAAGCUAUGCAACACCAUACAGGAUUCUGUUAAAUCAGAGGUUGCAGUCCAAACCGUCAAACAUCUUUUUGAAACAGAAACCUUGGACAGGAUACAAAAGGGUUCAGAUGCCGAACAUGAUCUUAGAUGCAUCAGCCAGGUCAACUUCCAGUCAGGAGAUGUCUCACGAGUCAAAGAGCUUUUUGAGUCUCAGUCCCUUGAUGAAAUCGGAUUAGAAAUUGUGACAUCUGAGGGGCAGAACCAAGAUGAGCAAAUUGAGAAAGGCUCAGUGCAUAAAUUUACAUGGAUGUUUGAGAACUGCCCUAUGAACCAGAUCAACAAGGAUCUUAAUGAUGAAGGCAUGCAGAGAGUUGGAGUUAUUGAGAGAGGUGACAUACAGAACAAGAAGUUUAUAUUUGAAACCUCCUCACUGGAUAAAAUCCAAGAGGAACCCUUAGAGCAGAGGUCAGUCUGUGUGGACGAACCUGUGAGCAAUGUUGACGUGAAGUCAAGCACCAUGAUGUUUGAGUCUCUGCCUCUGUAUGCUAUCAGAGACAAAGAGGGCCAAUUUCAUGAGGUGACCACCUUAAAAAAAGAAGAAGUCAUGAGUGGCGAUGUAAAAGGAGCGAGAUGGAUGUUUGAGACAAAACCGCUCGAUGCUAUCAAGGCAGAGAAUGACGUUUAUGUGAUCCGAGCUGUCACCCAAGAAGAUGUAAAGAAAGGGGAUGUCAAAUCAGCCACAUGGAAGUUCGAGACACAACCUCUGGACUCUUUUACCAGCCAAGACAAAUCCUCUAUGAUGGUUUCUGAAGACUGUGGAAGCAGCAAUGUGCAGCUAAAUAAGAAGAUCUUUGAAUCUGAUCAGUCAUGCAAAAAUUUUGUAAGAAUGGUUAGUGUCACUGACGUUCAGCAUGGGGAUGUCAGAACCUCCACCUGGCUCUUUGAGAAUCAAACUAUCGACAGUCUGAGAGGGGAACCUCAGGAGCAAAGCCCUUUAAAAACAGUCCACAGAGAAGACAGCCAGAAGGGAGAUGUGAAACGCUGCACCUGGCUGUUUGAAUCACAGCCUUUGGACAGGAUCAAAGAGCCUGAAGAGACCUCAGUGCAAAGUAUUGAGGAGAUACCUAAAGCAGAUGUGAAGUGCACUACGUGGCUCUUUGAGACCACUCCACUGGACAAAAUCACUGCCAACAGUGUGGCUGACACCCUCUCAUACUUGUACGAAAUGAAUUUUGUGCAGUCAAGUGGCAUUAUAAUAGAAUCAAAUGAGAGCAGGAAUGUUAUCAUGGCUAAAUAUUCGCUUGAAAGCAGACAAGGUGUGCAGGUCCAAAAAGAGGACAUUGUCAAGGGCAACAUCAGGAACAUCAUGCUGCAACUCCUGCUAAAACCAACACUCAAACCACAAGUUACUCUUCUGAGAGAGGCUGAAAAGGGUAAAGUUAACACCACCAUGGUAGAGCUUCCAGUCUUCGAGUCAACCACCACAAUCAGCAUCAAGAGCGACCAAAGAAUACAAAGCAUUGCUCAAAUGAUUGAUGACAUGCUUGUUCACAAUAAGAAUUUGAAAACAGGAAUCCUAAUGCAAGAAACUGGAGAGGGACAAGCAGAAAUGUCAGUUUAUUCGCUUAUAAGUGAUUGUGAAAUCAAAACUGAGAGUCUUGUUACAGAGAGAGGAGAUGUAAAGUCCACAAUUGGAAAUCUCUUGGCCACUGCAAAUAGUCAGAGAACUGCAGCAUUGUGUCGAGUGGACGAAAAUGAGAAGGGAAAUGUAAAUUUGUACAAAAGUUGCAUUGAGAAAGGAGAUCUGCAGUACUUGAAAAGCCUCCAUUUUGAGGCGUCUGAAUGCGAAGCUGAUCCCAGCCUCAUGGACAAGGAACAGAUCGAGAUAGUUCAGGGAGGUGUGGAGGAAGCGAAGAGAAGCCUCUGCCAGCAAAAGGAGCAGGUUGAGAGAACCAUUUGUGAUAUUUUGCCAGGGGAUGUAAAGAACACCAAAAAACUUUUUUCAUCAGAGUGUUCUGUGAGUGUCGAUAGCUGUUUAGCAAAAGAAGAAAUAAUCCCCGGAGACAUCUCAUCUGCAAAGCAACAACUUGCUUUGAAGCAAUCCAUCACUGUGGACAAAGAGGAAAUUAUAGCUGGGGACAUCAAGGCAACAAUGGAGUCAUUAGAGCGUGCAAAGCAGCAGAGCAUGUGUGUGGAACGGGAGAUCAUCAAACCUGGAACAAUCUAUGACAUGGACCUGUCAACCCAAGCUCUUGAAGUAGAAGGAAACCAAGCUCAGAAAGAGGUAAUCAUAUCAGGAGAUGUGAAAGCUGCCAAGAAGUCUCUUGAAAUGGCCAAGCAGCAGAGCAUGCAUGUGGAGAGGGAAGUCGUACUUCCUGGGAAAAUAUACAACUUGAGCAUGUCAGCGCAAGAGGAAAGCUCUUCUACAGUGACACAGUCGACAUGUUCGUCCUCCUCCAGAUGCCAGCAAAUCAGGACUUAUCCACAGGUCAGUGAUGCAGUGAAGGAUCAGGGAAGCCAUGUUUCCUUUGAGGCUUGUCAACAAAAUGCAGUUCUAACAACUGAAGAUGAGGCAGAAGGAGUUAUUAGAGGAGAUGUGAAGGCAGCCAUUAGAUCUCUGCAGAGUGCAGCAGCAGAACAGAAAAUCAAAGGUUUAGAAAAUAUUGUUAGAGGAAAUGUUCAAUCGGCUCUGGAAUCUCUUGAAAAGUCUAGUGUAAAUGUAUCUAAAGGAGACUAUAAAGCUGCAAUGAUAUAUAGGAAUUCAGGCAGAGCUUGUUCAGGGAGGAGCAAGACUGUUCACAAUCAGUGUGUUGUGGUGUCUGUGCCUCCAUCUGACACAAAAUUAUCUCCUUCGAUUGCAGUAACCUAUGAAGGACAGCCAACCAUCACAACACAAAGUUCAACCCCCAACCCUGUAGCAAAUGGAAACGCUAAAUCAUCGAGCUCUGACAGAGUUACUCCACCUCCAGUCCCUGAAAAGAAUGCGAAACCAAAGGAAAAGAAGCCAGCUUUACCACCAAAGCCACAGUGGAUGAAAUCAGUGGUUGUGGAAGGACCAAAUAAAUCAACUACUAUUCCCAACACUGCCUGCCCUGCUAAAGACAACAUAAAUAAUGCAGCAGUUUCUCCAAAACAGAGCCAACAGUUUCCCACACACUCAGUACAUAAACAACAGGAAACGGCAACACAAGGAAAAAUGACUCAAGACAGCUUAAAUGAAACCUAUUCCAACCUGACGAACGAACAUCUUCAGAUGGACUCAAAGUUGCAGGAAAAUAAGAAAACAAAAGAAGCAUCACAUGCAGAGAGGAAAUCAGACUGCCAUCUAAUAAUGUCAAACAACAACAAAGUAGAUAUAGAAAGAAAUGUGAUUCAGAAAAUAAAUGCAGCUGAGGAGAUACAGAUAUGCAUGAAGAACUACGAAGAAGGAAAACAUGAGAGAAACGUGACUUUGCAGGCUGCUUUUCAGAGCGUUGGAAGAACAGAUCAAGAGGUUUUAGACAGAGGAACUUUGUUGUCGAAGAAAGUGAAAGUAAUUCAUGAUAAUACUAAUGACAUUAGACAAACUGAUAAAACCACUCCUGAACAAUACAAAUGUCAUAAUCCUCCAAAGAUCCAAUGCAAAACUGAAAUGCAAACAUCUGAGUAUAACCGUUCAGUCAAGGAAAGCCAUCUGCAGCAAAACAGCCUCAGCCAACAGAAAGACCUUGAGGAUAAAGUUGUUCUAAGAGAGAAAAAAGGAAGGGAGACAGAAGAUGAACGACGACAACGGCUGUCUGUCCACAAGGAGGAGAUCAUGAAGGAAAACGUGAAUGCAGCCAUGGAAAUUUUUGAAAAUUUAAGAAAACGAGAGGAACUCAAAGGAAUCCUGUCUCAAGUGGAGGAAAUAGAAGGAGAGGCCAUCAGCACAGAUGCUAGCUCCUCUACAACAUUAUAUGUCAACGUCCCUGCUUGGAUGGUUAAACCAAGUAGAAAUGCUAAGCGAAGUAAAAUGGAGGAAAAGAAAGUUGAAGUAGAAACCCAGGAUGAUGAUCUCGAAAGCAUCUCCUCAGUUGAGAUGGCAUUUGAAGAUCUGGAGAAGGCAAGUAAGGAAAUAAUGAAGCUGAAGGAACAGACGUUACAAAAACUUCUUGACAUUGAAGAAACCAUUAAAAAGGCUUUGUACUCUGUGUCCAAUCUUAAAUCUGAGGCUGACAUCGCAGGUUUGUCAGGACUGUUUGAUGAAUCUUUGAAAUCUGAGCAAAGUCUUCAACCUCCCAAUAACCUUAGAAAGAUAAGCAUUGUGUCAAGAAAGACAAAAUCCAGUAACAACAAAGAGACAACAGAUUUAGAUUCAAGCGCUUCCAAAAACGAAGUGCCCAAAAAGGUACUCAGUAAGCCACUUAUUAGACAGUCUUCUCAGUCUUCCCCAUCAUUCAUCUCUAUUCACUCUGCGAGAAAGCCUACUGAACAUCCAAAGCCAACCAUGUCAACAUUCAAACCGAAGACAGCAGAUACUUCUCAUGGUCGCCAUGAUACAAAUCAUGAUCUGGAUUCUGCUGCUCCUGAAACCUCAACAAAUGGUCUCUGUCCACAACGCAACAUCAGUGUGCUGGAGGUAAAAACAGUUCCAGAGCAAUCAGCAGGAAUUAUUGGCACCAAGACAGUCAGUGAGACAUAUGAGGAGAGCGACGGCUUUGGCAACGUGUUUGUUUCUUCUAUGAAAUCAACAUUCGUCACUAAUCACUCUGACAGUAAAACAUCUGCCCUGUUUGAAGUAGUUAGUCCAACCAGAUACGAAGUCAUAACAUCCCCUCUACUGAGAAGAUCCGGGCGUCCCUCUCAAGAAAAAGUGCUUAGCAAUGCCAAGGAAGAAGGGACGGUUUUUGUGACAUUUGCCCAACCAAAGGACAAGCACUGAAAAGAGCCGCUCAUCAGUGUACUAACAAUAUUUUAACUUUAGUAAGAUAUGUAUUACAUAUAUGUAUUUAUCCCAUUAUGUUUUUAUGAAAGGGUUCUGUUACUCAUAAAGUGAUGAAAAUGUUAACCUUAAAAAUACUUGUCUUAUAGAUUUUAUACUGUAACCACCUGAUAGUGUUAAGUUCUUGUGUUAAAGCUAAACAUAUAGAUCAUACUGUUGUCUGUUGUGUAAAUUGUGAAAUAAAUGACAGUUUA